GUUUGGGUGUCUUGCUGCUUUUGCGUCGGCGAAUGCCACUGAUCAUUUGCUCAGAUGCCUGUGAGGACAUGAAUGUGACCUUGCGGGCUUUACUGGACACCAUUCAUUUGGCGCGAGCCGAGAAAUUGUGCUCCUUCUUUGAUGUUAGAGAUCCCCGACGCGAUGUGCAGCUGUCCAUGGCAGAAGUGAGACAUAGCCGCUGUCCAUAUCUUCACCUGGGCAUUCGUUACGAGCCGACCGAAGCCGGUGGAGAGGCCAUGGAGGGAGAACUACUCUACAUCCGCAUGCGCUUGGCCCCCGACGACGCGGCGCCGGAACGCGGGUUGCUGGAAAAGGCUGAGCUCAUGGGCAAACCGAUCCCACCUCACGGCAGCACCUUCGACAGCAACGGCAACGGCGGCGCAAGGCGCCACGACGCCAGCGACGCCAGCGACGCCAUGCCGCCGCGACGCGAGAUGAAUGGCCUCUGGUGUUCCGGCCCCUGCGCCCGACGUUGCCCUGGGCGUCGCUUUCCGGACUUUGGCACAGGGAAUCAGUUCCUACAACCACGGCACUUUGCGAACCUUUGCGCCUUGGGAGCUGAAAUGACUCUGCCUGCCGUGAAGUACAUCGCUCAGAAGAUCUGCCCCAAUGGCACGCCGCCGGAGCCCCCCGCGAAGGUGUCGGAGUCCGUGUACCAACGGCUGCUGGAGUCUCUGCGCGACUGGGCGGAGGUGUUGGACGAACCGCGGCAUUUACGCUUGCUCAGGUCCAAAGCCACCACUGAGCCCAUGACUAGCAUCCUGCGACGAAGCAUGCUGGCGGUGUCUAUGUUGGUGCCUGCCGAGGGUGGCAAGGGAGCCUUAGAGACUUGUCGCUUGCUGCGAAGCAGCGACCAACUCUCCGCCCUGGAGCGAGUCACGCAAGCGCAGUUCGAGGCGGCCGAGCAAUGCCUGGGCCUCUGCGCCUCGUUGGACCCCGACGACGCCCCGGGCGCGGCAGCAGCGCCGGGCGCCGCGGCGUUGCUGCGACUGGCGCAGCUCAUGCUGCAGCUGCUGGCGGCGCGCUUCAGGCCUCAACAGGUCCAGACGGCCCGCGCCUCGGGCCGGGCUCCGUCACGCCCAGCCACCGGUGCAGAGGGACCUCGGCUGCCGCCGGCGCCACCCCCGUCGCGGGCGCCGAUGUCGCCGAUGUCGCCAGAGGCGGUGGAGAUGCCGUUGCCGGAGACAGUGCGAAAGCAAAUGGUGCAGGGACACUUACGGCGUGCCAUGUUGCCCCAUGCCCAGCUGGAUCUGGUGAAUUUGGAGGGGCACGACUUGCAGGAGGCCUUUCUGGAAGGCGCCAGCCUGCGCAAAGCGCUGCUGCGGCGCGCUCGCUUGGACUUGGCCAGCCUGCGCGAAGCGAAUUUGACCUCUGCCAAUCUUACGGAGGCGCGCUUCUGUCGUGCUAUGAUGGAUGGAGCACAGUUGGGACAGAUUCAGGGAGCAUCCUGUGACUUCUCCGAAGCAAGCAUGAAUGGUGUGUUGAUGCGGACCUCGCAGUUGGCCAAUGCGAAGUUUCGCCAAGCUGUGAUGCAACGAGCCAACCUCGGUGGCUGCAAGUUCUCUGACGCCAGCUUGGAGGAUGUGGAUUUGUGCCACGGCAUCCUGAACCAGGCCGUUCUGGAGAACACCAACCUCCGCAAUGCGCAGCUGAGGUAUGCAGAAGUGCGGAACACCACCUUCAAAGGCUGCAACCUGGAAGCUGUGGACUUUGCAGCGGCCGAUUUGCAACAGGUGACAAUGAUCAAUUGCCAGGCCGUGCGGCUCCAACUCUGCAAGACUCAGUUGAUCCAGGCUGUCAUCAAGAACUCCAACUUGCGUGGGUCCAGUGGGGCAGAGGCUGAUUUCUCCUCCUCACAGAUGGAUGAUGUGGUCCUUUCAGGCAGUGACUUCAAAAGAAGCAUUUGGAAGGGCAGCAAGUUGACCAAGGUACACCUGGACAACUGCGCCCUCAUCAGCGCAGACUUCGCCACCCUGCGAGCUGAGCGAUGCCUGCUGGAUGAUGCCGACUUGAGAAGCAGCAACUUCCAAGCGGCGCAGCUCAGCGUUUGCAGCUUCAGCCGCUGUCAGCUGGGCGCGGCCCAGCUGCAACGUUCCGAACUCAACAGCUGCGACCUCCAGGAGGGGCACGCGCCAGGCGUGCGAUUGCAAGGUGCCAAGAUGAAAAAGUCCAGUUUGAAGAAUCUGGUGGCAGAAGGCGCCAUCCUGGACGAUGCCUCCUUCGUGGGCUGCGACUUCGACGGAGCUCAGCUGACAAAGUGCAGCGCCAAGAAUGCCAAUUUUCACAACGCCAAGAUGAUGAGGGCGCAGAUGCCGAACCUCCUGGCGCCUGCGUCGCGCUGGGACGGCGCGGACCUGACAUCGGCACAGCUCAGCAGAGCAGAGCUGAAUGAUGCCAACAUGGCGGAAGCCAUCCUGAGAUCAGCGCAGCUCUCGUCCUGUGCGCUGCGCAACGCGCAGCUACCGGGAGCCAGCUUUGCACAGGCAAAGGCCGAAUGUGCGGAUCUCUCUGGAGCAGAUCUGCGGAAUGCGACUUUGGAUUUUGCUGACUUCAGCCAAGCCAACCUCACGGGCGCGAUGCUGCAGAAUUCCAGCGGCGAUCACGCCAUCCUCACCGGAUGCAUCCUGGACAGUGCCCAGCUGGGUGGCGCCAAGAUGCCUUCGGCGCAGCUCAGUGGGGCGCGGGCUGCGCAGCUGGUGCUACGCCGCGCCAAGAUGGCAGGGGCGGACCUCAGUAAGGCAUGUUUUCGCGCUUUAGAAGCAGAAGCGCUGGAACUGCAAGGCGGCUGCUUGGCGGGCGCCAUGUUGCCUGCAGCGCGCUUGGUGGCGGCAAACCUACACGAGGUGGAUUUGCGAGAAGCACAACUUCCAGACGCCAAGCUCGUCCGCGCAGAUGUGUCCCGAGCAAAGUUGGACUCGGCGAACUUGAUGGGCGUCGAUUUGCGACAAAGCAUUUGCAACGGCGCCUCCUUCCAGGGGGCACAGAUGCGCUCGGCCAAGCUGGAUGCUGCCAAGCUUGCGGAGGCUUCACUGGAGAAUUCCAUCUUAAGUGGCAGCACCUUGACUCACACAGAUCUACAAGGUGUGCAGGCACGGGAUGCGCGGUUACUGGAAGCCGACCUCUCCUUCAGCACUGGUCGUAAAGCGGUCUUUUCCGGCGCGGACCUGCGGAAGACCAAGGUCAUUGGAUGCCAACUCGAGGAGGCUAACUUUGAUGACACUAACCUGGUUGAGGCCUCCUUGAGGACGUCGAAGAUCUGCUGGAGCUCCAUGUUACGGGCGCGCAUGGGAAGAGCAGACCUGAGCCAAGCUCAGCUACAGCGGGUCAACAUGACAGGUGCUGAUCUGUUUUCUGCCACGCUGGAUGAAGCUGACCUGCAGGACGCUUGUCUUCGCGACGUCAGCCUGGACGACGCCCGGCUACGCUGCUGCCGCCUGAAGCGCUGCGACCUGCGCGGUACGCAGCUGCCGGAGCAGCACGGUGCGCCCAGCAGCAGAAAUGCUGAUUUAAGCGAAGAAAAUGGGUGAAUUCUGUGGUUUAUAGGGAUUCUGCAGAAGGACCUGGACGGAGUGGUGCACGAUCUGCCAUUACCCAAGGGUCGGGUGGACGGCUUGAAAAGCCCAGGUCGGGCCCGGUAGAGGAUCAGCUCGGAACCAGAUUUUCU